AUGGAUUGGAUCAAGAAAUUACGUGGUAAAAGAACCAUUGUUCCCACUGAUGAUGAUUUAGAAACUGUUACUGAGAGGAAGGAGAGAUGGAGGAGCAUCUACGCAAUUUACUUUACUAUGUUUCUUAUGUCUCUUGGAUUCAGUAUUAUACUCACUGGAGUAUGGCCAUAUCUUAAGAAGUUCGACAAAGAAGUACACAAAGAAUUCCUGGGAUAUGUUAUUGCAGCUAAUCCUUUGGCACAAAUGUUGUUUUCACCUCUACUAGGAUGGUGGGGAGACAAAAGGGGUUCCAUAAGAUUGCCUCUCUUAUCAACAUUAGGUCUUUUUACAUUUGCCUCAGGGAUUUACAGUAUUCUUGAAAUAUUACCAGGCGAUCGAAAAAUGUUCAUGAUAAUUGCACGAUUCUUAGUUGGAGUUAGUUCUGCUAAUAUUGCAGUAGCAAGGUCUUAUCUUUCUGCAGCUACAAAGUUUGAAGAAAGAACACAUGCAGUCUCUAUGGUAUCUCUUGCACAGGUAUUGGGAUUUGUAGUAGGUCCUGGGUUGCAAGCUGCAGUCACACCCCUCGGAGAGAAUGGUUUUUAUUUUCUAAAUUUACCUGUUAAUAUGUAUACUAUGACUGGUUGGAUAAAUGUUAUAAUGGGAGUUCUUAAUUUUGCUUUGUUUCUUCCAUGGAAUUUCAAGGAACAUAGGAUUGCUAUACGUGAAGCUAUGAGAGAUCAGGGAAAAACAACAGAAAAGGAAACGUUGAAGUCUAUAAAACCUGAUUAUAUAGCAUCUUGGACGUUAAUUUGUGCUUUUUUUGUCUUGGUAUUUAAUUUCGUCCUUCUUGAAACUCUGGGAACUCCUUUAACUAUGGAACAAUUUGCUUGGUCAGAGAAAGAGUCUUUAUAUUACUUAGGUCUGUUAUUAAGCAUCGGUGGUAUUGUAUCUUGUAUCACGUUUACCAUGAUUGGACCCUUAUGUAAAAGAUUUAACGAACGUAAGGUGAUAUUGUGGGGUGGAUUUUUCUUUAUGAUAAUUGGAAGGAUACUGUGUAUCCCAUGGGGACCUGAUCCACCGCAAAUCGCGUAUGUACAAUCAUUUAAUAAUGGUACAAGGAACAUCAAUGGUACAGAAUUGAUGCCGGUGGGAUGCCCAAGUACUCAAGAGUGGUGUUUCUAUACACCGCGACUCACGGUCACACAAUUUCUGAUUGGCUUUGCUUUCACCACUACGGGCUAUCCGUUAGGCGUCACCUUAAUACAGACAAUCUUUAGUAAAGUAUUAGGACCGCGACCGCAAGGUAUUUGGAUGGGUUUUAUGACAGGUGCUGGAUGUGCAUCGCGUGUUUUAGGUCCAGUGUGUGUUAGUGUAAUUUACACACGUUAUGGAACGUAUCAUACUUUCGGUAUUACUGGUGUAAUGUUAAUAUUGUCCAUGAUAUGGUUACAAAUCGUAAACAAGCGUUUAAUACCUCCCAAAACAGUGGCUUUGCAAGAUGAACCGGAACCUGAUGCAGAAUUUCCAUUGGUUCACCUUAAUUCUAACGAUACUCAAGAGACAAAUGCCGCUCAAAAGAUUAAUAUAACUUCAGAAUGUGAUAAGGUGUAA